AGCAGCUUCUUUGACCCGAGCUCUCCUUCCCGUUAUGUGCAGCAUGUUCCGGUUAUCAGUUCCCUUAAGUCUGGCCUCACUUGAUGGCGAAGGCAGACCAGCGUUUCGGCCAGCGGGAUGGCUCGGACCAGAACUUUGACUACAUGUUCAAGCUGCUGAUCAUUGGGAACAGCAGUGUGGGGAAAACGUCCUUCCUGUUCCGCUAUGCAGACGACUCCUUCAGUAACUCCUUCGUCAGCACGGUGGGAAUCGACUUCAAGGUGAAGACAGUGUAUCGCAACGACAAGAGGAUCAAACUGCAGAUUUGGGACACGGCAGGGCAGGAGCGUUACCGCACCAUCACCACGGCCUACUACCGUGGUGCCAUGGGCUUCAUCCUCAUGUAUGACAUCACCAACGAGGAGUCCUUCAAUGCCGUCCAAGACUGGGCCACUCAGAUAAAGACGUACUCAUGGGACAACGCCCAGGUGAUCAUGGUGGGCAACAAAUGUGACAUGGACGAGGAGAGAGUUGUACCUCCAGAGAAAGGGAAACACCUCGCUGACCAAUUAGGCUUUGAGUACUAUGAGGCGAGUGCCAAGGAGAACAUCAACGUGCGGCAGGUUUUCGAGCGCCUGGUGGACAUCAUCUGUGUGAAGAUGUCAGAGCGUGUGGACGUGGAGGCGCCAGCAGCUCCUGGGACCAAGACCACCAAACUGACCGACAAGCCCACCCAGCUACCUCAGAAGUGCUGCUGAUCGUCUGUUGCCGUUUGUCCUGCUGCUGUCGACUCGUCUGCUCCCGAGAGCUCCCGAGAAAAAGAAAAACAGAUUAAUUAUUGUAACAUUCCUGAACACACCCUCUCUGCUUCAGUCCAUGUUUGUGAGCAGUCAGUAAUCACUGCACCUGCUGCGAUUUUACAGUUUCAUACCCUUUCCGUCUCUUAGUAUCCGAGUUACCCUUACGUUGUGGAGGAGUAAUGGUGGCAGUGUACUCCGAGCAAAAUUUCAUUUGGCAUGUUUGAAAAGCUGUAGAGUUAUUGAGAAUAUUGCUGUCUGCCUGCUUUUCGACGUUCUUGCAAGAUCCAG